CGCAUCUCAAUCUCCUCUGUCUUUCUAUCUCGCCCUCUCCUGAGCUCCUCUGAGAGGAAAGCUCAGGCGCUCUCUCCGGGGUUUCUAAUCUCACCCUUUCCUCCUUCAUUCCUUUCUGAUCUGAAAACCCCCAAUUUUGAUCUUCCUAUUUUUUCUCCGAUUCAUUUAUUCAUCUCUAAGUCAACCCUCCCGUCUCCGAUUCACUUACUCUCUCCAUUCCAGUUUCGUUUAUUUGAACAUAAGUUGUUCGUUAUUAUCACCGUCGGUCGCCGAAAGGCACUAUUUUCCGAAUCUUAAUCAGCUUAUUCCAGAUUGUAGUUAUGGCGAUUCGAUUCACCGUCACCUACUCCGGUUACGUUGCCCAAAACCUAGCCGCCCCCGCCACAUCCAAAGUCGGACCGUGCCGGUUAUUUCACGAAUGUUUUAUCAAAUCUCGUCUCUUCCAGCCGAACCCUAAGCCGGAAACAAAUUAUUCGGCAGAGUUUCGGCGGCCGAAGGCCAAACCAAGUUGCUGGCCAAGUAAUUCAUCGUCGUCGAUGUAUUCGACUAUCGCCGGUGAAUUUUUGGGCGAGAAUUUUAAGACCCCUCUGGCUGCUGGCUUGAUUUCGUUGAUGAAGUCGUCGGCUGGGGUUUCGGGGGUUUCUUCUAUGGGGAUGAUUAAUGGGAUAUCGUCUUUUAAUGUUUCAUCCCUUGUUCAGUUCUUGCCUGGUUCGAAGUGGUUGCCGUGUAACGAACCUAGUAUCGGAUCGGGAAAUUCUGAGGUGGAUAGGGGUGGAACACUGUGUAGUGAAGUUGAUGACAGUUGUAGUUCGGAGGAAAUGUCGAGGGACUUUAACUUGUCGAGGAGUAAUUGGCUAUCGAAAUUGUUGAAUUUCUGUUCAGACGAUGCCAAAGCCGUGUUCACAGCUUUGAGUGUCAGCAUUCUCUUCCGGUCAUCCUUGGCAGAGCCGAGGUCGAUUCCGUCCUCUUCCAUGUAUCCAACUCUGGAUGUGGGCGAUCGCAUUAUGGCAGAGAAGGUAUCGUAUGUAUUCAGGAAGCCUGAAGUUUCAGAUAUAGUGAUAUUUAAGGCGCCUCCAAUCCUCCAGGGAAUUGGCUAUAGUUCAGGUGAUGAAUUUAUAAAAAGAGUUGUAGCGAAGGCUGGGGACUAUGUUGAGGUUCAUGAUGGGAAAUUGUUUGUGAAUGGUGUUGUUCAAGAUGAGGAGUUCAUUUUAGAGCCACUUGCGUAUGAAAUGGAUGCAGUGUUUGUUCCUGAAGGCUAUGUGUUUGUGAUGGGGGACAACCGGAACAACAGCUUCGACUCCCAUAAUUGGGGUCCGCUUCCUAUCAAAAGCAUUGUUGGUAGAUCAGUCUUUCGGUAUUGGCCCCCCUCCAAAGUGUCCGACACUCUUUACGAACCAAAUUCGGGGAGAAAGCUUGACUACUUCUCGACCUUGCAUCUGAGGGAAGCUCUCAGAUAACUUUUUUUGUCCAGAUAUCUUUUUAGCAACCAUUUUCUGCUCAUUUCAUGAGCAUUUGUGAAUGUGUUACCUGUUUACAGCCGUUUGCUUUGGAUGGAUCAUCUUUAUCCAUCUGUGUGUAUGAAUCAUUGUUGCUGGCCGAAUAAGCUGGUUUUGCAUUCUUCUUCCAUAAUGAUUUCUUAAACUUCUCGAAAAAGUGAGCAGAAAUGGCCGGAAAGGAAAUGGGAGGACUUUCCUAGUCUUGGUCUUUUAAAUAGGUGCUGUCAUGCAUAAUGUUUAUAAAUGCUGUUGAGAUGGUCUAGAGAGCUGAAUUGAGGCCUUCAUGGUACAUUUGCUGAUAGACUAGAGCGACCAUUUGAUGGUGUAAUUGAGACAUGUAAAAAGCUUUUAUCCUCCAUUGGCCAUGUGGAGCAGAGUUUUAUGGAGGGUGGAAACGUUAUUAUGACCAAAAGUAGUCAGGCUGGGAGCUCAUGGAAUGACGAGCUCUGGACUAUCACAAAGCCGGAUCUUCUCAACUAUUCAUGCAUUUGCCUAUGUUCUCAAUUGAUGCAAGCUGCUUUGAUUUGAUCAACUUGCAUUGUUUGGUUUCUGUUCAUUCUCCAACUUGAAAAUCUACAUUAUGGCCUGUAUUAAGUUCGACGUGGUAGUUCCAAGCUCAUUUUGAUGUGGGAAGGCAAUGGAGAUGACUGGAAGAGUAGGUGGUGAAGUUCUGGUGUUGGUCAUCGCUCUAUUGUCUCUCGUAGUUUGUACGGUUUCUUGUUUCUUCUUAUGGGUCAUAUUGGACACAGAGUCAAUUGCUGAAAUGUAAUGGAGUUUGUGGUUGGAUGUAUGAGUUCAAGGUGAUGAACAAAUUUACCGACUCGGUACUAUCUUGUUUGGCUUAAAACAGGAGUGCCCUAGGGGUUUCUUUUAUUUGCUCAAAAGGCUGAAAACAUUGCCUUAAUCUAUUUUGAUUUCACUGGGAAGAAUCUUUUGAUAUUUUAAACCAGGUUAAUUGUAUUUUUAUCCCUAGUUU